GUUCAAGUUGUAGCAACACAUUUCUUCUUCAUGGGAACGCCAAGUGACAGUGUUUUGAUUGCAUGGGAUAGUGUGGUCAUGUGUAAUAAAACUUUUACUUGAAAGCCUUAGAUCUAUUUUACUCCGUUUAUCGUGUGGAACAGCAGUCAUAAUGGUGAAAGAGCAGUUUAGGGAGACCGAUGUGGCAAAGAAAAUAAGCCACAUCUGCUUUGGGAUGAAGUCUGCUGAACAGAUGCGUCAGCAAGCCCACAUCCAAGUAGUUAGCAAGAAUCUGUACAGCCAGGACACCAAGCACACUCCUCUGCCUUAUGGAGUGUUGGAUCACCGCAUGGGCACCAGUGAGAAGGACAGACCAUGUGAGACGUGCGGGAAGAACUUGGCAGACUGUCUGGGGCACUAUGGUUACCUGGAUCUGGAGCUCCCAUGUUUCCAUGUGGGCUACUUUAAAGCUGUCAUUGGAAUCUUGCAAAUGAUCUGUAAGACAUGCUCUCACAUCAUGCUGGCCGAAGCAGAAAAACUCCCCUUCAUGGAUCAACUGAAGAGGCCUGGCCUAGCUUACCUCCAGAAACGAGGACUCAAGAAGAAGAUAUCUGACAAAUGCCGCAAAAGAACAAUCUGUUUGAAUUGUUCUUCAUUUAAUGGAACGGUAAAGAAAUGUGGCUUACUGAAGAUCAUACACGAGAAGUAUAAAUCAACCAAGAAAGUGGUGGACCCCGUCGUGUCUGAAUUCCUCCAGUCCUUUGAUAUUGCAAUAGAACACAACAAAGAAGUGGAAUCCUUACUUAUAAGAGCACAGGAGAACCUGAGUCCUUUGGUGGCCCUCAACUUGUUCAAGAGGAUCCCCGCGGAAGACAUCCCCCUGCUGCUGAUGAACCCAGAGGCCGGAAAGCCCGCUGACCUCAUCUUGACCCGUCUCUUGGUCCCGCCCCUCUGCAUCCGCCCUUCCGUAGUCAGCGACCUCAAGUCGGGCACCAACGAGGACGACCUCACCAUGAAGCUCACGGAGAUCAUCUUCCUCAACGACGUCAUCAAGAAGCACCGUAUGUCAGGCGCUAAGACCCAGAUGAUCAUGGAGGACUGGGACUUCCUGCAACUGCAGUGUGCCCUCUACAUCAACAGUGAGCUGUCGGGUAUUCCCCUCAAUAUGGCGCCCAAGAAGUGGACCAGAGGCUUUGUACAGAGACUGAAGGGCAAACAAGGACGAUUCCGAGGAAACCUGUCCGGAAAGAGAGUAGAUUUCUCCGGAAGAACGGUCAUCUCUCCAGACCCUAACCUACGGAUUGAUGAGGUGGCUGUCCCCAUUCACGUUGCCAAGAUCCUGACCUACCCUGAGAAGGUAAAUAAAGCCAAUUUGGAAAUGUUGAGGAAGCUUGUGCGUAGCGGUCCAGAUAUUCACCCAGGGGCCAACUUCAUCCAGCAACGUCACACCCAGAUGAAAAGGUUUCUUAAAUAUGGCAACAGAGAAAAGAUGGCCCAGGAACUGAGAUUUGGCGACGUGGUGGAGAGACACAUGAUAGAUGGAGACAUUGUUCUCUUCAACAGGCAGCCUUCCCUUCACAAGCUCAGCAUUAUGGCACACAUUGCCCGUGUAAAGCCUCACAGAACAUUCCGGUUUAAUGAGUGUGUGUGCACACCAUACAACGCUGACUUUGACGGAGAUGAGAUGAACCUCCACCUCCCCCAGACGGAGGAGGCCAAAGCAGAGGCCCUGGUUCUGAUGGGGACCAAAGCCAAUCUUGUGACCCCGAGAAAUGGAGAGCCUCUGAUUGCAGCUAUUCAAGAUUUCCUGACAGGAGCCUACCUCUUGACACUGAAGGACACCUUCUUCGACAGAUCAAAAGCCUGUCAGAUAGUAGCUUCAAUCCUCGUUGGCAAAGAUGAAAAAGUCAAGAUUGCUCUCCCUCACCCUGCUAUAAUGAAGCCAAUGGCUCUGUGGACCGGCAAGCAGAUUUUCAGUCUGAUCCUGAAGCCCAGUAAGGCCUGCCCGGUUAAGGCCAACCUGCGCACCAAGGGCAAGCAAUACUGUGGGAAGGGAGAGGACCUCUGCUACAAUGACUCCUUUGUGGUGAUCCAGAACAGUGAGCUGCUGUGUGGCAGCCUGGACAAGGGCACCCUAGGCUCUGGCUCCAAGAAGAACAUCUUCUACAUCCUGCUCCGGGACUGGGGUCAGCUGGAGGCCGCCAACGCCAUGUCCCGCCUAGCGCGCCUUGCACCAGUCUACCUCUCCAACCGAGGGUUCUCCAUCGGUAUUGGAGAUGUGACCCCUGGCCAGGGCCUGCUGAAAGCCAAGCAGGAUCUUCUGGACGGCGGCUACAAGAAGUGUGACGAGUACAUAGAGGCUCUGAAGACCGGCAAGCUUCAGCAGCAGCCAGGCUGCACAGCAGAGGAGACCCUAGAGGCCCUGAUCCUGAAAGAGCUGUCAGUCAUCAGAGACCACGCAGGCAGCGCCUGUCUUCGAGAACUGGACAAGAGCAACAGUCCUCUCAUCAUGGCCGUGUGCGGCUCCAAAGGCUCCUUCAUCAACAUAUCCCAGAUGAUUGCUUGUGUCGGCCAGCAGGCCAUCAGCGGAUCCAGAGUUCCAGACGGCUUUGAGAACCGCUCUCUGCCCCACUUCAAAAAGCAUUCCAAGCUCCCUGCCGCCAAAGGCUUUGUUGCUGACAGCUUCUACUCAGGGCUGACGCCCACAGAGUUUUUCUUCCACACCAUGGCUGGUCGAGAGGGCCUGGUGGACACGGCAGUUAAAACAGCUGAAACUGGGUACAUGCAGAGGCGGCUGGUGAAGUCCCUGGAAGACCUGUGUUCUCAGUAUGACCUGACAGUGAGGAGCUCUACCGGAGACAUCAUUCAGUUCAUCUAUGGAGGAGACGGCCUGGACCCGGCCGACAUGGAGGGCAAGGACGAGCCCCUGGAGUUCCACAGGGUUCUGGACAAUAUCCGAGCCGUUCACUCGAGCCCCGACGAGCCAGCCCUCAGCAAGAACGAGCUGGUCCUGACCGCCGAGGCCAUCAUGAAGAGGAGUGACUUCAAGUGUUGCAGAGACAGUUUCCUUGAGGCAUUAACCGAGACCGGCUCUGAGAAGUAUUUGGAGGAGAUCAAAAAGUUCAUAAAGAGCAUGUCUGAGAGAAUCAAGAAGACCAGGGACAAAUAUGGCAUCAAUGACAACGGCACCACAGAGCCCAAAGUUCUGUACCAGCUGGACCGCAUCACUCCUACUCAGCUGGAGAAGUUUCUGGAGACAUGUAGAGACAAAUACAUGAGAGCCCAGAUGGAGCCGGGCUCAGCUGUGGGAGCAUUGUGUGCCCAGAGUAUUGGGGAGCCUGGCACCCAGAUGACUCUGAAAACCUUCCAUUUCGCUGGGGUGGCCUCCAUGAACAUCACACUGGGGGUACCUCGCAUCAAGGAGAUCAUCAACGCCUCAAAAAACAUCAGUACCCCUAUAAUCAGCGCCCAUCUGGAUGUAGAGGAUGACGCUGACUUUGGCCGCUUGGUGAAAGGAAGGAUUGAAAAGACUCUUCUCGGAGAGAUUUCCGAGUACAUAGAGGAGGUCUUUCUACCUGACGAUUGUUUAAUUCUGGUAAAGCUGUCCCUGGAAAGGAUCCGACUAUUACGCUUAGAGGUGAACGCUGAAACCGUGCGUUACUCUAUAUGUAUGUCCAAGCUGCGCGUUAAGCCCGGGGACAUUGCCGUGCACGGCGAGGCCGUUGUCUGUGUGUCUCCACGAGAAAACAGCAAAAGCUCCAUGUACUAUGUGCUGCAGUCUCUCAAAGAGGAGCUUCCCAAGGUGGUAGUGCAGGGAAUACCGGAGGUGGCAAGAGCUGUCAUUCACAUCGAUGAGCAGAGUGGAAAAAACAAAUACAAGCUCCUGGUUGAGGGGGACAACCUGAGAAGCGUCAUGGCAACCCACGGUGUGAACGGCAACCGGACCACCUCAAACAACACCUAUGAGGUGGAGAAAACACUUGGGAUUGAGGCGGCAAGGUCCACUAUCAUCAACGAGAUCCAGUAUACUAUGGUGAACCAUGGGAUGAGUAUAGACAGGCGUCACGUCAUGCUCCUGGCUGACCUCAUGUCCUACAAGGGAGAGAUCCUGGGAAUUACCCGAUUUGGCCUGGCUAAGAUGAAGGAGAGCGUCCUUAUGCUGGCAUCGUUUGAGAAAACCGCUGAUCACCUUUUCGACGCUGCCUACUUCGGACAAAAGGACUCGGUUUGUGGCGUGUCUGAAUGCAUCAUCAUGGGCAUCCCAAUGAACAUCGGUACAGGGCUGUUCAAGCUGCUACACAAGGCUGACAAGGAUCCCUCGCCACCUAGGAGACCGCUGCUCUUUGACAGCCCAGACUUCCACAUCCCAUUAGUCACGUAGACCUUUCGCCUGUCAAUCAUCCCCAGCCCCGCCCCAGCCUUUUAACCUCCCCUUCACAUGGUUUGCCUUACAGGGGUAGAGCUGCAAGACAAAGAUGGGUGUGCAUCCAUGAACAUGUGCUGGUUUGAAGAAGGACAUGUUAAGGCAAUGCGUCAAAUUGUUUGCAGCAUUGUGUGUGUGUGGGGGGGGGUCAGUGUCUGCAUAAACAUCAGGCCUUUACUUUAAUCCCAUAAAGCUCUUCUGGCUGAAGUUUUCUUUCCGACUCAAACCCCAAUGGCUCUGUUGAUGGUUGUGCCUGUCAAAAAACCUUUUCCAUAGGAAGCAAGACUGGAAAAUGUGAAUCUUUUACUGAUAUAUUGUGCUUUUUUCAGCUGCACUAAAGAUACAUGACCACAAAAUGUUUAUUUUUGUUUUGUUUUUUACUGAAGCCUUGUAGGAUGCAGUGUUUGGCUUGUUUUGAAUGGCAGAAGACAGGCAGUCCCUUAUGCUUAUGUUUAUUUGUGCAUGGAGAGUACUGAAAGCUUUAUAACUUUUUUUCCUUGUUGCUUGGACAGUGAUAUUGCAUUGGAGACAUUGUGCUGACACAUUUUCUUUGAAGGUUUUUGUGGAAUUUGAAUCUGACUGGUAAGGUAUGUAGUUGGGUACAUGGCUUUAUUCAGGGUGCUUCAGAAUGUUUCAGGAUGCUGAAAGCAUUUUCCAUAUUUAUUUCUCAUGUGGGUCAUCCAACUCAAUACUUCUAAUGCAGCAAUAAAGCUUAAUGACCUAGUUGGUUUUAAAUUACUCUACUCUCUGGUAUAAGUUCUUGUAGGAAAAAAUAUGUCCUGAUAUCACAAUGAUAAGGCCACAGUUGGAUUGUGUUAGGUCUCAAAAAAGAAUAACAGCUUUCAUCAUCAGCAUCAUCAUUUUAUCAUCAACAUGAGCAGCUUUUCAUUUUCUGUAUGUAUGUAUAUAUUGGUUGUGAAUAAAGCAUUGGAUGAAGGA